CACUCCCACCGGCCUGCACUCUGCCUGAAGCAACUUGGACUGGGGACAGAACACGUUUGCCGUUUGCGUUGUAAGCAUGCUACUAAUUGAGUAGCUUUCCUCAUCCUCUUGUUGUUGUACAUACGUAUCCUCCUCCGCCUCCGCCCUUCCUUUGUCUGUCCUCUGAUUAUUAAACCUUCCGCAUCAGACUGUCAUUAGCCAUAUCCUGGGAAGCGGCCGCCGCUCGCAAUCAAUCGCACCUGCUCGCUCAUCUCUCGAGCAGAGUGCUGCCGCUCAUAACCUUCCGACAGACUCAGGCACCGCUCAAGCCUGAACCGGACACAGCACUUCCACCAUGCAGAGACACUCGCUGCUGGCGCUGGCAGCCAGCCUUUUCCUGCAGUCUGGCCUCAGCGAGACACUCUCGUCCGAGCAAUGCGCUUUUGAGCCCGAUGCAAAGGUAUCCGAUGCCUGCGCCUCCUUCCACGACCUCGACACUCUCAAUAUCAAACUAAACCCAUACGUGCGAAAUCUUGCCAACAACACCGACUUCUUCUCAUACUACCGCCUCAACCUCUACAACAAGAAGUGUCCGUUCUGGAAUGACGACAAUGGCAUGUGUGGGAAUAGAGCAUGCGCUGUAAUCACACUUGACAACGAGGAGGACGUGCCGGAGAUAUGGAGGGCUGCGGAACUGUCCAAAUUGGAGGGGCCGAAGGCGAAACAUCCAGGCAAACAGACGAAAGAGAAGCAAAAGCCGUUACAGGGACAGCUUGGAGAGAAAGUGGGCGAAAGUUGCGUGGUGGAGAUCGACGACGAGUGCGACGAAAGGGAUUACUGUGUACCCGAGGAUGAGAGUGCCACGGCGAAAGGAGACUAUGUGAGCUUACUCGAUAACCCCGAGAGGUUUACCGGCUACAGUGGAGAAGGCGCACAUCAGAUCUGGGAGUCAAUAUACCGGGAAAACUGCUUUGCGCGCUCGUCACAAGGGCCGAGUGAUGCGCAGAGUGAAGCACAAGCGGCAUUGCAGCUCAAACAGGUGAUCAAGGACCAUGAUCGCCAGCAGGCCGCGAGUUCUGGAAGGCCACAAGAUUCUCUCGACUUCGAGGACGAGUGCCUUGAGAAGCGUGUCUUUUACCGCGUGAUCUCUGGAAUGCACGCUUCCAUCUCAACACAUCUCUGCUACGACUACCUGAACCAGCAGACAGGAGAGUGGGGGCCAAACUUGACAUGCUACAAAGAGAGACUGCACAAUCGCCAGGACCGGAUAUCGAACAUCUACUUCAACUUUGCUCUGGUAUCGCGAGCCGUGGGCAAACUACGGGACUACGUGCAAGAUUAUGUCUUUUGCACAGGCGACGCUUCGCAGGAUGCUCUCACAAGAGAAAUGGUGACCACGGUCGCAAAUGCCAUCCCACCCGGACCGCAAAUUUUCGACGAGAGUGUCAUGUUCCAGGAUCAGACUGCGAACGGCAUCAGCCUGAAGGAAGACUUCCGCAAUCGGUUCCGCAACGUCAGCAGAGUGAUGGACUGUGUUGGCUGCGACAAGUGUCGCUUGUGGGGCAAGAUUCAAACGAAUGGCUUCGGCACAGCGUUGAAGGUCUUGUUCGAAUUCGGAAAUGGAAACGAUGAAAGGGGCGAGGAGAAGCCACUUCUCAGGCGGACAGAACUGGUCGCAUUGAUCAAUACGCUCGACAAGAUCUCCUCGGCCAUCAAUCAUCUCAAGCAUUUCCGUGCCAUGAUGGAGGCAGAGGCUUCUGGCAAAUCGGUCGAGGCUGCGGAACAACAGACGCCAUUACCGAAGAGCCAGGCCGAAUCCUCAUACAAGAAGUCGAAAUCGCAGGCUUCCUCGCUCGACGACCUCGAUGAUUUCGACACGGAGCCUGCCACCCCGCCGCGACCGAAACGCACCUCGCAGACCGUGUCGGAGAUCUUUUGGGAAGAGUUCGACAAUGUGUGGACGGCGUAUAAGUUCGUGCUCUGGUCGUGGUCACAGAUACCCUUGAUGUUACCCUCGAUUGUGUUCAGUGAAGUUGGACGUUUGUAUGAUUUCUGGUUGGGUUUGCCAGUGAGACCACGAGUGUGGGAGAUAAGACCGCCCACGCUAGACAACAUCAAGGCUUGGAAGAAAGGAGAGAUGGGGAAUGGCAAAGUCGGGAGAGAUGAGCUUUGAUGUUGAUGCUCUGACUGGGAAAAUUUUUGUGUCGAUGUGUUCGUUUAGCGGGAGUUUUUAUUGCAUGUUGGGAACCUUUUCGAUUGUACAUGCGAAAUUCGUGUGGAUAUCCUGUGUCAGAGUUUUAAUUCCACGCUCGCCUGCUGUGACUCUUUUGCUGUUUCUACAGUGUCCAUCUUUCGUUGCCAGGUGGUGAUGAGGCUUUGGGGCCAAGAAGUCGGCAGGCCCGGUGUAAAGGAAUGACGAGUUAAUUGAUUCAAGCUGACUCUGCUACACAUGUAAUAUGCGAUUAACGAUCGAAUAGGUCCUGCUUUUUGUGUCGUCGUGGCAAUGAAGUCGUUUUGAGUUGACGGGCCUUCUGCAGAGCAAUGACAUUGUUCUGAUAUAGCAUGCUUCGGCGAUACGACUCUCGCCUUCAACUCCACUUGGAAGACUAUGCAUUUGACAAUUAGUGCAGUCGGUGCGGCGGCAGAGGACGAGCAGAUGCUUCUUCGGACUCCGCCACGAUGAUGCCGGAGUCCGUGGUGAUGCCACCUGCUCUCGGUGCAACAGUGUGAAAUUGUACCUACGAAGCACGGUUCACAAGUUGCAGUUACUGCGUAUAGAUGUUGCAGAGUUUGUAUAAGUCGUGCAGUCGGAGAAUUGGCGAGUCAAGUUUGUGCCAAGACGUAUGAUCGCCACGAGGUCUGCUUCAUUAC